UAUAAAACUAACAUGCAUAAAGAAUAAACCAACUAUCCUGCUAAACACUUCUCUUUGCUUCUGCAAAUGAUGAGCUCAUGUUAACGAAAACCUCAUUCACUUAUAGAAAAAAUGACUACAAAACCAAACAGAGCAUUUUUCUUAAUUUACUUUCUGUUUCUAUUGUUGAUCAUUAUCAAAGCUCAAGGAAGCUGUGUGUCUGGUUGCAACCUUGCUCUAGCUUCCUAUACCAUAUGGCAAGGCGCAAACCUCACUUACAUUAGCAAGCUAUUUGGGAAGGAACCUUCAGAGAUUAUGAAAUACAACCCAAACGUGAAGAACCCUGAUGUGAUUCAGAGCGAAACGCAAAUCAACGUGCCGUUCUCAUGUGAAUGCCUCGACGGGAUUUUCCAGGGACACACGUUCUCUUACACCAUGCAAGCCGGCAACACCUACAAAUCAAUUGCCAAGGUUGAUUUCUCGAAUCUCACCACGGAAGAGUGGGUGACCAGGGUGAACAGUUAUAAGCCCAAUGAUAUACCCAUCGGUGUGAAGAUCAAUGUCACCAUUAACUGCUCUUGUGGAGAUGAACGUGUGUCUAAGGGUUAUGGGCUGUUUCUGACGUACCCGCUCCGCCCCGGGGAUGACUUGCCGCGGCUUGCGGUGGAGUCCGGUGUGUCGGCGGAGGUGCUGCAAGGUUACAACGCCGGCGCUGAUUUUAGCGCCGGGAAUGGACUUGUCUUUCUGCCGGCCAAAGAUGAAAAUGGAAACUUUCCACCACUACAGAAGCUGGGGAGAUCAGGUAUUUCCCCUGGAGCCAUUGCUGGCAUAGUUGUGGGAGGAGCUGUUGUGAUCUUGUUGUUGGCAUUUGCUUCAUAUGUUGGGCUAAAUAGAAGAACCAAAGUGGAUGAAGUAAGCCUUCUCCCAGUCCCAGGAUCAUAUGAAGAUCAUAAUAGUCAACAACUCCAUCAUGGUUGUGGAAGCAGCAUGUAUAAGGCAUCAGAAUCUUCUACUGUAGUUUCUCCAAGGUUGACAGGAAUUACAGUGGACAAGUCAGUGGAGUUCCCAUAUGAGGAGCUAGCAAAAGCUACUGAUAGUUUUAGCAAUGCUAAUAUAAUUGGUCGAGGUGGCUUUGGAUCGGUUUACUAUGCUGAGCUUCGAAAUGAGAAAGCGGCAAUUAAAAAGAUGGAUAUGCAAGCUUCAAACGAAUUCCUUGCUGAACUUAAGGUUCUAACACACGUCCAUCACUUGAACUUGGUGAGGUUAAUAGGAUAUUGUGUUGAAGGCUCCUUAUUUUUGGUUUAUGAGUACAUUGAGAAUGGCAAUUUAAGUGAACAUUUGCGUGGCUCAGGGAGGGAUCCGUUAUCAUGGCCAGCUAGAGUUCAAAUUGCCUUGGAUUCAGCAAGAGGGUUGGAAUACAUACAUGAACACACAGUUCCUGUCUACAUCCAUAGAGAUAUUAAAUCAGCAAACAUUUUGAUAGACAAAAACUUCCGUGGAAAGGUUGCAGAUUUUGGUCUGACAAAAUUGACUGAAUAUGGUAGUUCUUCAUUACAAACGCGUCUUGUGGGUACAUUUGGUUACAUGCCUCCAGAAUAUGCACAAUAUGGUGAAAUUUCCCCCAAAGUAGAUGUGUAUGCCUUUGGAGUUGUUCUAUAUGAACUUGUAUCUGGCAAGGAAGCUAUUGUGAGGACAAAUGGGCCUGAGAACGAGUCAAAAGCAUUAAUUGCCUUGUUUGAAGAAGUUCUUGGUCAGCCAGACCCAAAAGAAUAUCUUGGUAAACUUGUUGACCCCAGGCUUGGUGACAGCUACCCUCUUGACUCCGUAUUUAAGGUGUCUCAGCUAGCUAAAGCAUGUACACAUGAAAACCCUCAACUUAGGCCAAGCAUGAGAUCAAUUGUAGUUGCCUUAAUGACACUGACAUGUGCAGCUGAGGAUUGGGAUGUUGGUUCCUUCUAUGAAAAUCAAGCUUUGGUGCAUCUAAUGUCUGGAAGAUAGCUCCUCGGGUGUGUCUGCAGCAAAUUGCUUUGUGAAUAUAGGAUCCUGAUUUUAUGAACACUAGCGCGCAUGAAUCUUUCAACUGUGAAUUUGUAAAUAAAAACAACUAUGAUUUUCCUUUUUUCUUCUAAAAAAACAGUUUUGCCAAAGUGACUAGAUUGAGGAUCUACAACCAAAAAAAGAAAGACUGAGGAUCAAACUGUGUGGGAUCAAGUAGUUACAACUCCCCUAUUCAAUGAAAAAGUAGUUACAACUCC